UUGGUCUGGUUUGGUGUCCAAAGAAAUUAUAAGUAAAAAAAAACCCCAAAAACAAUCUCUCUCCCUACCGCUAGUAAUUAAAAACCACAGGCAGAAAAAGUUUUUCUCUUCCCCCUUUUCUCUCCCUCUCGCACAAAAAAAUCUCUCAAUUUAGAACCCAGGCUUGGGUCUGGUUGUGGAUCCUUGAUGAUGCUGAUUCAAGACGGAGGAGGGGUUUCUGCUUUUCAGUUUUUUUUUAUCUAUAUUCUUUUCUAGUUAUGGAAACUGUGUCUAUCCUUUUUGAAGUUAUAUAAUUAGUGGGUUUGCUCCUUUUGAUCGUUUUGGUACUUCAGCUAUUAGAUUCAAGUUGUUCAAGGAGGCCCAGAUACUCUUUUUUUCUUCUUCUUCCUGAAAAGCUAAUUUAUAAUUACGGGGCUUAAUCUUUUUGCUCCUUAUUUUGAUUGAAUGGAGCCAUCUGGAGAAGAUGAUUGAAUGUAAUCUGUCAUUUGUUUUGAUGGAAUUGGGAUUUUGAAGAAGGAGAAGCCACUUCAUUUCUUACUAGUUUGCUGGCGUGGUGGUUGUAUAGUGGAAAGUAUGGAAAAGGAGACAGCGUUGGUGGAGGGGACUGAUAUGCAUCUGGAGGAUGUGUUUAACCCCGAAGAGUCAUUUACUGUGGAAAUGGAAACCGAAGAGAAUGAAAUUGGAAGUCCAAAGAGUGAAAUUCAAUGUUUCUCAUCGGAAAUGGGCGAGGGAAGUAAUGUUGUAUUUUCAAGAGAAGCACCCCAUAUCAGUACAGAGUCAAGAGUAUCAGGUGUUUGUAGUUGUAGUGCGACAAAAAUCAAGCCACAUGUGGUUGCAAUGGAGUCUGAGAUUGGCGACAAGGAGAAUUUUGGACAGGAGAAGAAACUCAGUAGGCAAGAUAGGAUUGAGUUGGGCCGGAUGUUUCAGAGUGCAGUGAGUUGCCAUGACUGGGAGCCUGCUGAGAGUUUGAUAUUGUUGGCUGAUCCACAGACCCUUAAUGAUGCCUUGUGUAUCACACUGGACUCUAUCUGGUUUUUGAGCACACAGCAAGAGCUUGACGGGAUAACCAGUUUGAUUAAGAAGAUUAUUGCCAAUGGUGCUUAUGACUUUACUAGAGCUGCUCUUAGAACUUCUUUUCUUGCUUCAUGUGUUUCGGCCUGCCAGAGCCAAACGAUGCAUCUUGAAGACACAGUAAAUGUGAUGGCCCAAAGAUUGAAGGAGCGACUUAAGGAGUGCAAUGGAGAUGAGGUCUUGAAGGCAGAAGCCAGUGCCAAGGUUCAAAAGUUUACUGAGUGGGCUCUGAAAUGUAUUGGCUUCCAUUCUCGCUGCCAGGCGAAUAGAGACCGGGUGAUUCAAAGCUCAAUUGCUGAGAUUCAACUUCAAUUGUCUGCAUUCAAGACGUUUCUUGAUCUCGCUGGCAAUCAACUCACAGGGAAGGAUUUCACAGAGGCCUUUGAUGCAGCCUGUUUUCCGCUUACUUUAUUCUCCACUUCAUUCGAUCCUGGCUGGGCAUCUGGGAUAUCAGCAGCUGCAAUCCAAGGGUUGCUUGGUAUGUUGGUUGAAGGGGGUGCAGACAAUGUUAACCAGUGUUUCCUUGAAGCCUCUCGCUUUGGAAGUACAGAACUUGUGCGCAUUCUGUUACAGAUUGCCCAUUGGAACAGCUUGGAUGUCGAUGUUGAUCUGGCCCUAGGUUUUGCUUCUCACUACUGCAAAAUUGGUACAAUGGAAUGUCUAGUGGAAGAGGGCAAUGCCAUAGCUUUCUUGGGCCCUUUAAUGAGAGCAGCUGAAAGGGGUUGCAUGCAGGUUGUUCAGUGGUUUGUGAAAAGGGGUUGCCGUGACAUGGAACUCUGCCUUGCUCUCACUGCUGCGACUUCUAGUAGCCAAGUUGAUGUUGCUGGAUAUCUCCUCCCUCACGUUCCUCAUCAUGUUCUUGCUGCCCUCAGCAUAGAAAUUCUCAAGGCUGCUGGGGAGCGAAGUGGCGGGUCACUUGAUGGCGUGGCAUUUCUGUUAUGUUCUGAUUUCUUGGGUGAUCCUACUGCUACUUAUGCUGUUGCUGACAGCAUUGCUCGGUCUGAUGAUGAGUCUGUCGCCCCUGAGCUCAGGGCUUUUCUUCGAGAGCACUGGUCAGAGGCAGCAUACUUGGAUGGAUUAAAGCAAGGACAAGAACAUUACAUGAAUCUUGUGAGGAUUUUGAAUUGGGGUGGAUCGCCUAUAUCCUUAAGGGAUCUGCCAGGCCCUUUAAGAGUGGCAGUUGCUUAUCUGCCAUUGUUCAGGGAGUGUGUAGCAACUGGUGGUUGUUUACUUUCACAAAAGCAAAGGGGUCAGCUUGUUGAAGCUGUUAGAAAACUUGGGGGUGGGUCCUUAGAAGAUGUGAGCCAAGGAAAAGAACUCUUGGCUGUUUUGGAACAUUACCUUCCUCCUUUUUUGGUUCAUACCCGCAGCGUGGCCUAGAAGAUCUUGUGUUGUGAAUUUUGACUAGAGUUUUCCCCGCCAUAUCUCAUAGACAAUAAACAUUUCAACUGUGGUUAGGGUGACAGAUCUCAAAAGGUUGUCAAUUUUCCGUCCAUAAUGUGGCUGGCUAAAGUAUUAGUUCUCUCUGGAAUCAUUAUAUCAUUAUUAUAUCAAUCAUGUGCAUGUUUAACUAUUAUGUGCAAGACAGAGAGCAACUAUGACACAAAGGGUUGAUUGAUCAAUAUAUACAUAUAUAAUGAGAAUGUAUAUUAGCUGAUAGUUACCCCUA